AUGCAGAACAAUGCUGCACAUCAUCUUCAAGAAAGUGCCACUUGUCACGAAACGGCUGCUUCUGAAAAUGAUUCCCUUCUUUGGUUUGCAGAAUUAAUUUCUUCACAUGAAGGAAAUCCUGACAAUGAGAAUGUGGCAGAAGUUAAGGGAACUGCCUGGGGUGGAGAAGUACUGCUAUAUGCCUCCAAAUCAAGAGAACCCAAGAGAAGAAGUGUCACUUCCCAAACGGCCAUGAAGAGGUCAAGCAGGCAACGAAAGGACUUCCAGAGAGAUGUACUGCCUGGUCUGGCUUCUUUGUCAAGAAAUGAGGUGACCGAGGAUCUUCAAUUAAUUGAAGGGUUGAUUACAGAAACAGGUGGCAGUUGGCAGUCAAGUUUGACACUGAGAAAUGCGGGUAGGAGCGGUAAGGGAAGGGGGAGGAAACGUAUGGGAACUUCUGCUCCCUCUACUACUGAAGUUGCAGUUAGCCAGCCCCAGAUUGAGGAACCGACAUUCGAGGAGCUGCAGGCACUUGAGGAAAGAAGUCUAACAGGUUGGGGUAAGAGGACAAGGCAUCCACCACGGCAAAGAUAUAAUUCUCCUGUUCCUAAAAGAUAA